AUGCCCAGCUUCGUGGAGCCACCUGACAUCAUGAAGAAAUUGCCCUGGGUAGAAAACUACUGGCUAGACGAUAUAUUACUGGCCAAGCCCAAAGCGACCCAGUACUGCCUGAUCUGCAUGAAGGAAAGCUACACCAACUUCCACAUCGACUCGGGCACCUCCACCUGGUACCACGUGUUCAAGGGGGAGAGAACCUUCUGUCUCAUCAGGCCAGCCUCAGCCAACAUCUGUGUGAGUGCUGGCGGUCUGCCUCUAACCACAGCGAGAUGUUCUUUGCCCUGCAGGUCGACAGAUGCUACAAGUGCAUCAUCAAGCAGGGCCAGAGCCUCUUCAUUCCCUCAGCUGGGUCGGUGCCGGACACCUCGGGCUGAGCACUGGCUCACCCUGCCUGUGGGUGACCUGGACAUGACCGUCAGCCUUGAUGGGCCUCUUCGCACUGACAGAAUUCUCAUGGGCCCCAAGGCCUGCAGCCACCCAGGGGCAAUUGUCGCCUCGUCCACCUCAGCUAUGCAGGGCCCUGUGGGGAAGCCUGAGCUGGCGUGCCUGGGACCUGGAUCCACCCCCAGCAUCACCUGCUUGAUGGUCCUGCCUGGCCACACUCUCAGAGAUGAGAGCAGAUGGCUCUUGGCAGCCACUACCCUGUUCAGGUCUCCAGACUCUGCCCAGCAGCUUUCAACUUCACGUUAUCUCCCGCCUCAAAACUUUCGAAUCCGCCGGGAGCCAGGGACCCCGCUGCGCUGGGAAGAUGAGGCUGGGCGCCGGCCCCGGUGGUCCCCGGAAACGUUCCCGGUUCGCGGAGAAGAUCCCCCGUCCCGGAGCCGCGUGGGCAGUCUGUCCUAG